CGACACGACGCAAUGCCAUCCCCGCGCCUCGCUCUCACGCCCGUCGGCCUGCUCGUGCGCACCUUCAACCUCGCCCUCCUAGCGCACACCUUCGCGACCCACGCCUACACCGUCAAGCCCACGUACGGCGCGUCCAUGGUGCCGACCAUGGCCCCCAUCGGCGACGCCGUCCUCAUCGACAAGACCAAGCGCCGCGGCCGCGGCAUCACAGUCGGCGACCUCGUCAGCUUCGACCAGCCGUUCCGCCUCGACCGCGGCGUCAUCAAGCGCGUCAUCGGCAUGCCCGGCGACUUUGUCCUGCGCGAUACCCCGGGCAAGGGCGAGGGCAUGAUGGUGCAGGUCCCCCAAGGCCACUGCUUCGUCGCCGGCGAUAACCAGCUCCACUCGCGCGACUCGCGCAUCUUUGGCCCUGUGCCGCUGGCGCUGGUGCGCGGCCAGGUCGUCGCCCGCGUCUUUCCCUUUUCCAGUAUUGGCUGGUUCCGGAACGGGCUCCAGGAGCCGGUGGACAAUUGGGAGGAGGAGUAGGGUCGUGAGAGCUUGAAGGGCACGAUUGAGAGUGCGGUAAAUGGGACAUGGGUAAGCUACUGGAGGUAGGGCCGGCAUGGUAAGCGCAAUUGGCGCGAGCUGCCGUUUGUGGUAGGCGUGCUGCGUGAUAUACGUACGCUGACUGACCUGGCAGUGCAGUAUGUGCGCACGCGCUUGAGGAUUAGAUUGUGAGACUAAAUAGAUACUGCUGUAGAGUAGGUACGCCCGCGUAAGCGCGACGUGAUAGUCGUUCACGGUAGUCGGUAGCAGUGCAGUAGAUACGCUCACCGAGGACGCACGCUAGCUACCAUUAUAAGCCCAAUCGGUAGUUCACAUAGCAC